GGUCGUUAUUAAAACCAUUUUGAAUGGUAAUAGUAAGUAUUGGUUUAGCAAUAAUAGAAGCUCAUGCACCAAACUAGUAGUUUAGCUUUUUCGACCUCGCGCGUUCCCGUUGGCUAUUUCCCGGAGCGCGCUGCCGAUGUUUUACGGGAUGGCGCACGCAUGCGUGAGAGGUAUUGGGAAUUUCCAGCAGAAUGCGAAGCUAGAUUCUUGCUGCAUGAAGUUAUUCGUAGGCAGAGAAUCCGGGCGGAUGAGAGGUGUGCAGUGACCAUCUCUGGGGCCCCUAAUGGAUUCAAAGCUGCGAGAGGACCUGUUGAAGAAGUAUGUGCAAUCUCUGGAGUGUCGGCUGGAGGUGGGGGGAGGAAGAGGAGGACAGCAUCAAGGGGUGGACGAGGCCGGUCUUUGCUCGGCCGCCACAGCACUACUUAGUCUCCACCAGGUCGAUCCAGCUCACCGUUUCCAGCUGGUUCGCUUCUAUGAAGUGUCAGAGAAUGCACUGCGCACACUGAGAAGCUCCAGCUUGCAAGCGCUGGAGACAGCCUUUAAUACACUGGAAACCAUCUGCACCAACCUUUUGCUCUACCCUUGGAAAAAAGAGUUCCGCUGCAUUAAGACUUUUACUGGCCCUUAUGUGUACUGCCUGCAGUCAGCUUUGUGUGACUCAGACCUUCGCUCCUUGCUGCGCUCCAUGGGUUACUCACGAGACCAGGAGCUACAGUUCCAUGCCCGAGAGCCUAGUGGUGGGAUAGCUCAGUUACGCCAGAUGGCCUUUGAGCUGUUCCUGGCACAGAUGGAGUGCCGCUUGCUGAAGGAGCUGGUGGCACAAGCGGGUGGGGGCUCCUUAGACAUGGAGGUGGAGGCUGUUGAGAUACGUCGAGUAAGUCGCGAAGAUGCCAGAGGCUGUGCUGACACCCUGCGUCGCAGAGAGGCCUUGACGGGGGAGGUGUCUCGGCUUACUGUACGCCGCCCUGAGUGUGAGCGGGCCUACCUGAAGCAGCGAGCGGGACGGCCCUACAAAUCAGUGGACGUGACAGAUGGUGCAGGUCACUGGCAGCCCUCCAGAAAGCCGGUUCUGAUGACCACACUCAGCCUCCGCAAGGAGACUCUCUUUGUGGAUGCAGAGGAGGACCAGCAGGAUGAGAUCAUUCGACCCACACCCUCUCUGCUGUCUGCGACAGGACCUGCUUACAGCCCUGUGGCCGAUUUCUUUCCUGUCACAUCUGCCCCUACAGAGCCGCCUCCUCUUUCCUCGUACUCUUCCUACCACCUGUCCUCUCUUGAUGAAAUCGACCUCUACACAGACCGAGGUGGCGGCUAUCGUCUGCCUUCGAAGCAGCAGAGCAGGGACCCUAGAGACAACUGGGGAGCCAAGAGCCCUGCUGCCUCAUCUGUUAAUGUGAAGUGCCAAGGCUGUGGUGUGGGCAGCACCAGUGUCAUCGCCUGCCAGAAGUGCGAUAUGAUCCUGUGUCCUAGCUGCCACGCAGGAGAGCACUCCCCAUGCUGUGGGCUCCAGGACUUCCCCAAAGUUUCACGUCCCAGCGAGGGGUACCUGUCUGGUAAAGAGAAGUUGUACGUCUAUUCCAGCACUCCCACCCAGUCCCAACUCCCAGACAAGCCCCAGUCCAACUCCAAGCUUUUGCCCAGUAAGGUCAGCACCGCCAGCAGCAGUAGCAAUGGCUCGCGCUGCGGCUUCUGUAACAAGCCAGGUGCCUCCCACACAUGUCUGCAAUGCUCCAAGGUGUCCUGUGACAGUUGCAUGACCCUCUAUGCUAAAGACUCCUGUGGACGUAAGAACACACCCCAUAAUUUUGUGCCGAACAACCAUCUUAACUACAAAUGCAGCUCCAUCUCUCACCUGGUGUAUCGAUAGGACGCGUACUACUCUAGGCACUUGUUAAAGUGGUGUAUUGGAUCUUCAUGUCCUUCAGGGGAUGUCAUUACCAAGGAAGCCAGGCAAAUAAUCUUCAUGCUUACCCCAUACUGUUACCAGACUUUCCUACCUGUUUGGAAAACUUGUCAAAUCAUUUUACUUGCAAGGCUAAUUGAGCUGUAUUCACAACCUUCAGCUAAAGUGUAUUUCCAGACUCAUCUGUUGAUUUAAUGUAAGAAGUAGCUUCCAUUUUAAUUUUAGGUAACCAUUUGUACACAUGAGCUUGCGAUUAUACCAUCAGAAUCUCUGAUAUGUACCGGAUAUAUAGUCUUGAAUUCAACUUGAGAACCCAUUGACACUAUUUUUUCCUUUGCAGUAACAAGAACAAAAAAUGCAGCUUCUUUUGCAAACAUAAGCUUUACUGUAACAUCCAUGAAGUUAUCUGCACAGUAACACAGUUUUACAAGCUUACCAAUCUGCUAUUUGGUACUGAACAGAAACCAUGGUAAAUCAUUACACUGGAUUUCUUGAUCUUUCUUUAUGCUUUGACUGGGCUGAGGCACCUUUCUCAACACAAGCUUCUUGAUGUAUUGUACUACUGUACUAUUGUACUACCAAUUUAAUUUGAGACCUCUGAAUUCCUAGCACACCCAGUUGGCCUUGACCUGAAGGAAGUAAGCAAUGAACUGAACGCUUGGUAUGUAAUUGUUUAAGCAAAAAAAAUAUACAGUUACACGGAUGAAGGCACAAGUCGUUUGUCAACUUGACCUUUAAAUAUUUUUUUUAUCUACUUGAUUUUCUUAAGUUUUAUUGUUAACUUGAUGCAAGCCCAAAGUGGCUUGACUGUUACUGUGACAGGAAUACCUGUGUGUCACAGGAAGUUCAUGAUAUAUAGUAUAAAAUGGGAACUUGUUUAAUAUUUAA